AAUCUAAAUUAUUAUGUUCACAUCUUAACAGGCACAAUAUUGUCUUGGAUAAUCAUAUCACCGGUCAUAAAUGUGUCAUCCAAUGCAUGCUUGCAUCUUAUCAUCUUUCAUAUUUCGGAACCGUUGGAUUAUGCACUUGGCACACAAAAGAUUGUAUCUGGUGAAGUUCUUGAAUGUAUCUGGCGAAGUUCUCUGGUUGAAUAAUGUUUCUGGUCCUGAGAGAAUAGAUGCUAAAAUGUACAUUGAGUUUCUAGAAGCAGAGAUUGAGGAACUGAAUCGUCAAGUUGGUAGAAAAACUGCAAAUGGACAAAAUGAGCUAUUGGAAUAUCUCAGGUCUCUUGAGCCACAAAAUCUGAAGGAGUUGACUAGUAAUGCUGGUGAGGAUGUUGUGCUUGCAAUGAACACAUUCAUCAAGCGUCUUCUGGCUGUUUCUGAUCCUACCCAAAUGAAGACAAGUGUACCAGAGACUAGUGCCUCAGAACUUGCCAAGCUUCUUUACUGGCUGAUGGUGGUUGGAUACAACAAGUCUGAUUUGACAUGGAAAGGGUACUUGGAACUCGUCCGAAGCUUGCAGAUUUGCGUCUAGGAGAAAAUAUUUAGACAUUUUGCAUAAUAAUAGAAAUAUAGGAUAUAGCGAAGU